CCGAGAUCGGCCUAUUUUUUGACGUCACAGUCUGUAUCACUCAGACGCACACGGACUGGAAAACUCCCACCUUUCGCUUGAAAAUUAGGCAAAACUUCAUUUAUGUUCUUUAAAAUAAUGUUACAAGGUCCGAUGUAGAAAGAGGUAGUUGAGUCCAGGCAGAUAUGCCACUUUCUGUGGAGAAGGAGUUCACAUAUGUGUUCACCAGUAAGGAUGUGGAAUCAGUGCUACGUGUUCCUGUCAAAAUUCCAUACCCUCAGGACGCCAGAGACCUGACAGGAAGACUCGUCUUCGAACAUAACCUACCCUGCUAUAUUGAAGAUGACCUUUGUACAAAGAUUGAAAAGUUUAUAUCUGUUGAGACGAGCAGACUGUCAGAUGAGAAUGCGAAUGAGGCCCUGGAGAGAGUGCGGUGUGGGGAGGUGGAUGUAGAAAGCCUUGCACAACAGUGGGAAACAGUCUUCGUGCAGGAGGUGAAGCAGUUUGCGCCGGCGGAGGAGGUGAGCAGUGAGCAGCAUUUCUCGGAGGUAUACCACACCCUGAUUCAUUCCCCGGCGCUAGAGACGCUCCUAAACCUGGAACACACAUAUGCCCUUACUAUCGAAGAUCUUAUACAUCAACGUGACAAGGACCUGCAGCACCUCGAACAGGAACAGCAAGAGGAGAUGAAGACAGCACUGAGCCGUGUGGGAACGUCAUUUACAGACGAGCAAGUGAACCAGCUGGCCCAGCAAAACUUUGAGCUAACGCAAAUGAUGGAGUCCAAAUGGGCGUCGGAGCUGAGCAGACAGCAAGAAAUACAGAGACGCGAGUAUCGAGACUGGGUUAUGAAGGUCCACGAGGACUCCAAGGGAAUAGGAACACCCACGUAUAUGCAGCGCGUGCGAGCUAUGACAAGCAACCUAGUGGAGGCAGGGAUGGAGGAACGCACAGCACAGACACGUGUGGAGGAGAGCUUCACUAUCAUACUUGGUGCCCAGAUGAAGACAACCCACAAUCUUCGCCUGUUAUGUACCAGUGCCAUGGACCUGUGUCGCCACAAACCUCAUACUGUUGGAGGUGUGACAAUGGCCCAGCCUCAGCGCUUGCAGACAGCCAUGUCCCUGUACUCCAACAACCUGAAUGGGAUCAUUCUCCUGGUGGACAACCGCGUCAACUCCUACACCGGCAUCAAGAAAGAGUUUGCGAGGGUGUGUGAGUGGUCAACAGAUUUCCACUUCCCCAACCUACAUCAGCAGCUUGCAGGGAUGAAGUCCGAGCUACAGGGGGUCGGGAAAAGGGGGCGGUCCAAUACCAGCGAUGAUGGGGAUCGUGCCAGCCUGAAAAGUGGCUCCUCUGGGGGGGAGACUGGGACACAGGAGAAGAAAGGUAGACUAGUGACCGGGGACUUUUACAUCACACGCCACUCGAACCUGUCUGAGGUGCACGCCGUCUUCCACUUGGUGACAGAUGAGACAGUACGAGGGGAUAUCUCAUCCCGUCACGCUGUGAUUCUCGCCCUACGGAACAUUAUCAAGAAUUGUUUCCGAUACGACAUCAACACCCUCACUAUCCCUCUCCUCCUUACGCACAAGAUGCAUGAGGAGAUGACGAUCCCAUGGUGUAUGAAGCGUGCGGAGCUGGUGUUCAAAUGUGUAAAGGGCUUCAUGAUGGAGAUGGCCUCAUAUGGCGGACAUCAGUCUCGCAAUGUGCAGUUCCUGGUGCCCCUGGGCAUCUCGGACACCUUGUUUGGCAACAUCAGCAACAUGCUGCCCACCAUCUUCCGCCUCUCAAACCCCGUGUACAUGGAUAAGUCAGGCGUAAAGUCAUCCAGUUCAUAAACACCACAGGUGCCCACCAUCUUCCGCCUCUCAAACCCUGUGUACAUGGAUAAGUCAGCUGUAAUGUCAUCCAGAUAAUUAACACCACAGGUGCCCACCAUCUUCCGCCUCUAUAACCCCGUGUACAUGGAUAAGUCAGCCAUAAAGUCAUCCAGUUCAUAAACACUGCAGAUGACUUAAACACAGACUCAUUCCUUCAUGAACACUCUCUGGAAGACGACACUUGUCUCGUAUUGCUGUCCUGAACUAUUCAAAUGGAGCUUUUUAAAGUAUUAGUUCCCAUGUGCUGGUGUGUACAACAGUAUGUGAAAUUCAUAAGAAGACUAGAAUCACAUUCUAUCAGAUUUGAAAAAUGCUAAUUAUAAAAAAAUUCUCAAUUUUAUGUCUGAAAAUAAAUGUUAUUCAAUGCUGGUAAUGUUUAAAUAGCAAUUAUUUUUAUGUCACAGGAAAAUACUAUAUAUACCCUUCUGCAACAAAACAUUACACAGAUAUGACUUGUAACAUAACUUUAAAGAGUAGGAUUUUUUGAGGAGGGGAUUUUAUAGGUAACUAUUGUACCUAUUUCCAGCUCUAUGUCAUUCAUGUUGCUACAAAUGUCAUUUUGGGGACCAUUAUUAUAUUUGGAAGAUAUUUUUUUGUGCAAUAUUGUUUUUAAGAUUGUUUAUAAUAAAUGAAUAAUAUUUGA